CCCCAGUCCCCGAGGAGUCUCGGCCAACUCCGCAGGACCCCGCCGGGAAGCAGAACCCACCCCCUGGCCAAUCACCGCCCGCUCUCUAUCGACCGAUGGGGUUCCUAGCCAAUAGGGAUAGCUGAUCCGGAGAAGCCAGGAAUGAGGGGAGGAACGGACGAAACUCGGAGGUGUGUCCCGCGCUCACUACCGAGGCGUGGCCCCACACUGAGCUCCUCCCCGGGCUGUCUAAUCCCACAGUAGAACUGAUGGGCGGGAUUAAAGUGAAGCAACAGCCAAACACAAACUCUUGAGAGACAGCACGACCAAUUGGACUUGGGCAUAGGGGCGGGGCAUUGAAAGGAAUUUUAGCCAAUAGAGAGUAGGGAGCGGCGGGGACUGUAGAACAUCCUCCAAUAACAAGUGCGAAGGGAGUGUGUUGGCAAAGGAGGAAGGGUUUGCCCGAACCUACCGAGGCCGGCCAAUGAGGUAGGGGGCGGGGCCACGCCCGACCAACCAGAAAGCCGAUGUGAUCUCGGCACCGUUACUGGGGCGGGGCGUAUGGUCUCCAAGCCACUGAGCUCGUGUAGUUGGAAGCUGCCGGCCUUCCAUUGCGCGACGUGGGCUGCCGCCGCUCCCAAUCGCUGCGCGGCGCUGGCAAUUCAAACUGACAGCGGGUUGUAAAGGCCGAGAAGGCGGAAGAAGGAGCCCAAAACGGAUCCUGCGUGGACUAGGUCUAGAGGGAGACCCCCGCCCCGCUGCGCCGCCACCACCACCGCUUGCCCACCACCACCGCUUGCUCGCUCCUAGCGGCCGCUGCGGGAGACAGCCGAGGGGAGACGCGGCGCAGAGACCGCCGUGCGGGGCCCGGGGCCGGAGCUGGGACACCCGCGGGAGAGGAGCGUCGGGGAGACCCGGGAGCUGAGGGGCGAGCACCCUUCGGACGGACAGACUGCGAAGUUUCCUCGGCUAGCAUCGCCUGCUCCCUCCCUCGGCCCGGCCCAACUCCACUCUGCUCCGAAAGCUAGAAAGAAGCCAACUUUGCUGCUUCCCAUCUGCUCCCACUCAAUAAAUACUUCUUUUACCCCUCCACCUGGAAAGCUGCAAAAUACUCUUUUCCUUCCCAGUUUUAGCGCUUAGAGAAGAACCAGAGACCUCGUGAUUACCUCGCCUCCGCCCUCGCCCCCCCCCCCGCCGCCAGGGGGAAUUAAAGUAGAAGGAAUAUUGUUCUUGUCUGGUUUUUUUUUUAAAUCCCGCACCUCAUCCUCCGUGGGACGCUAUGACUACCAGCACUUGUAGUUUCAAGGACCGAUGCGUGUCUAUCCUGUGUUGCAAAUUCUGUAAGCAAGUGCUCAGCUCCAGGGGGAUGAAGGCCGUCUUGCUGGCGGAUACUGAUAUAGACCUUUUCUCGACAGACAUCCCUCCUACCAAGGCGGUGGACUUCAUUGGAAGAUGCUAUUUCACUGAAAUCUGCAAGUGUAAACUGAAGGACAUCGCGUGUUUAAAAUGUGGAAACAUUGUAGGUUACCACGUGAUCGUUCCCUGUAGUUCCUGCCUUCUUUCCAGCAACAAUGGACACUUCUGGAUGUUUCACAGCCGAGCAGUUUAUGGUAUUAACAGACUGGACUCUACUGAUUUGAGCCCGAUGCUUCCUGCAAUCCUGCCAGCUUUCCGGUGCCUGUUACUAGAAGCAGAAUACCAUUCAUUCUGCAGGUAUAAACUUCCUACUUUGGGGCAACUUGCCAGAGAUAGAAGAGAGUACAGAUGAAGAUGUGUUAGAUAUCUCAGCAGACGAGUGUAUUCGAUGAAUGGAAUUAUAUACUUUCAUAGUAACUAUUUCCUAUUUAAUAAUAUGUUAAUGGAUCAACUUUAAAACUGUUAGUGAGGAUUUGCCAGUGACUUCUUUUUGUUGUUAUUGUUGUUUUACUUUGUUUUAAAACAAAAAUGAAUUCGAUCCCCAGUACCAAAAAAAAAUAAGAGGCAUUUGUUGAUUUACUUAUUUGCUAUCUCAGAUUAGUUACCUCAGCUUACUUUAAGCCAAUGGAGUUGUUUUUUCUUCCAAUAUAGGUGUAUUUUAACUUCAGAAGAAAAGAUUCUGGAAUAAAGGGUGUUUUUACUGCUCACAUAUAUUAACCAGAGGGACAUCAGACUCAACUGAACAUUAAUAGGGCAUUAACAAAAGAGCAAGGUGUCUGGGCAUGGUGGCACAUGCCUGUAAUCAUAGCACUUGGGAGGCUGAA